AACCGCUAGAAAUGAAACGUAAGACAGUUGAAAUAAAGUCAGAGAGAUUUGGACACAAGUUCACACAGAAGAAUGCAUGCAGAAAAUUUAAAACAUUUAAAGAAGAAGACGUAAAGAAAAUGACAGGAGAAUAGAAAGAGAAGAUUUAAAGCACAGCUGUAAUGGAGGAAGAUCUGUUCAUCUCAUGUGAGUUGUAGAUUUGAGUCAUGAAUAAUCGCUCUAUAGCACAGUGGUUGAGACUGAUCGACUUGCCUCAGUACACCAGUUUACUGGAGAGACACUGUUAUGGCCUCGAGGGUCUCCUGAACAUGACAAAAGAUGAUCUUAGAUCGAUGGGAGUAGAAGAUCCAGAUCACAUAACAACCAUCAUAAUGCAUUUAAAGAAACAACAGCAGGGAAUACAACAAGACGAAGAGAGUAACUCGACAGAAGCCGCAUGCAAAACGAACCGGAAGUACUCUCGGACAUCAUCACUCGACCCGGUCAAACCCACCACAAACCUCUUCCGUCGAAGCAUCGUGCCGCGUCUGCGUCGCCGUGACAACUAUAGAGACUCCACCCCCUGCCUUCAUCUUCCUCCGCAUAUCCAAGAAGACGACGACACCCUCUCUGUCAAACACAAACUCAGCAGGAGGAAGAGUGUGUCGGCCUUCAUCAGUCAGGUGUUCUCUGGGCUGAAGGACAUGGACUCUCUGAAGAAGGAACUGGAAGAGGAACUCAAACUAAGCACUGAUGAUCUGAGGAGUCACGCCUGGUAUCACGGACAGCUGGCACGUGAGGGUGCCGAGCAGCUGUUGUGUAGUGAUGGUGAUUUUUUGGUGCGAGACUCCAGCUCGUGUCCGGGCGACUACGUCCUGAGCUGCAUGUGGAAAAAUCAACACGUACAUUUCAAAAUCAUACGAGUGGUGCUGCGACCCAAACAGGGUUAUACUCGAGAGCUUUUUCAGUUCGAGAAUGAUCAGUUUGACAACAUUCCCGCGUUAAUCCGAUUUCACGUCGGUGGGCGGCGGCCGGUCUCAAACUCCAUAGGAGCUAUCAUCAUUCAUCCAAUGACACGCACCCUGCCUCUACGUGUCAUCAAUGAGCGCCAGGCUGCGAAAUUGUCUAAAUUGACAAGAGGUCAGAGCAAGAGGCGGAGCCUGAGCUCAUCGCAGAAAGACAUGCUACAGGUCAACAACCUGCUCAGGAGUGGCAGUCAGCCUGCGAACCUGGAGACAGUGGGAAGACCAUCACUACAGUCUGCACAAUCUGACAGCAACCUACGGACAGGUGUGCCUCAAAUGUGUCUGUCAAAGCAGUCUAGCACUGCUCCUAUUUCUCCAGUGUUCCGCACAGGAAGUGAACCUCUGCUCAGCCCAGGAACUUCCUGUACAGCAGCUCCACCCAGCCAAUCGAGUCUCGGCGGCUCUCCUCUUCGCGGCUCUGAUGGACAGCUGCAUUGCCGAGCGCCGCCCAAACCACUGAGAAUCUCCAUCCUCCUCUCCCCAGCAUCUGAUGAUCCAACACCGGACCCCGGGGGCCUUUACGGUGAACUAGUGCCUCAGGUCCCCAUUACUAUGUUGCCCAAAGGUCACGCGGCACGCCUUCGCGCUCAAGAGAAAUGGACCAGCCGCGCGCGCCUCACCGAAACCAGCUUUGGUUUCCUGGAGGCGCAGAAACUUGAGGAGGAGCAGAAAGAGAGGGAGAGUUCAGGGAGCGAGAGAGACUGGCAGUUCGAACGUCCGCAGACGGAAACGACGACCUGCUUUCGUCUGGAUGAGUUUCGCUCGCUGUUGCUCCCGGAGAACAACCGUCCGCUGGAACAGAGCACGCUGGUCAAAGUCAAAGAGCUGCUCGCUCGCACCGACGCCAAGACCAGCGCACUGCACAUGCUCAGUGUCAACUGUCAGGUGGCACGUGUCACAGGUGUGACAGUGGCUAAAGAGAUCAUGGGAGUUGAAACCGGUUUAGAGCUUAUAACACUGCCACAUGGAGGUCAACUAAGACAAGACCUGCUGGAGAGGCAUCAUGUGCUGGCUCUGGGCGUCGCUGUGGAUCUUCUGGGCUGUACGGGGUCGGUGGGUCAGAGGGCGACUGUGUUGCACAAGACUAUCCAGCUGGCACAGGAGCUACGUGACACCACACACGACCUGUACGCCUUCUCUGCCGUCAUGAAGGCCCUUGAGAUGCCACAGGUGGCGAGGUUGGAGAUGACAUGGAGAGCACUGAGGAGAAAUCACACUGAUAGUGCUGUACAGUAUGAAAAGAGUCUCAAACCUUUCAUGAAAUCACUCCAGGAGGGAGACGAUGCAGUAGUAUCAGGGCCAUUGUCUCUUCCACACAUGGUUCCUCUGUUGAGGUUGAUGGAGGGUGAAGACGCUGUUGAAUCUACAGACAGAGGCUGUCAGCUGCUCUAUAACCUGCUGCAGUCGGCACGCAACGCCGCACUACACGCCAGUGACUACACACAACACGCUCACAAUCUGCUCUCAGUUGGCUGGGAGCCAAUCCCUGAGCUUCUAGAGGCGUUUCAGACCGAGUUCGCUCUGCGUCUUCUCUGGGGCCAAACCGGAGCAAAGGCUGAACGCACGGAGCGCUACGCAAAAUUCGACAGAAUCCUCACCAUCCUCUCUAACAAACUGGAACCAGAUGAGACUUCUGAAGUUUGAUUUCAUGACCGCCCUCUGCUGACAGAAACAGGAACUGAGCCAUUCAAUGUCAAAUUCUUUCAGUUUCAAUACAUACACGUCUCUUAUAAUGUAUUGUAGCAUAAAGAUGGAAAAAAGACAUUCAAGUAAAUGCAAUUUACAGCUCAGUAAGUUCUGACAAGUUAACUCGGUUCAGCGUGUGUCUGAGAAACACUGACCUUCACUUCAGAAGUCUAUGUGACUGUGGAUCACUUCACCUGUGUGUGAUUAUAUAGAAAGAUCUGUCUCUGCAUAUACAUACAUUUUUUUCUUGAAUUAAAAUGGAGAUUAAUAUAUCA